AUGUCGUAUCCAGGAGAAGACACUAACAUUCCCAGAAGGAUGGUAGAAGCUCUAGAGGACCAUCCAUUGAGUUAUCUGGUUCCCAAGGACGGGUUGGCGGCGUUGGUAAACGCUCCGAUGCAAACUUCUUUGCCCUUUGACAAAUCUGUCUUUACCAACGCCGAUGAUAGCAGAGAAAUUGAUGUAAGCCAUCUUAUUGCUGCGAACAAUACAACCUUUUCUAUACAAAAUGACUUAGAACAAAACAAGCUUGUUUUCAAGAGACCUGAAAACUUUAUAUUAUCGACCAAGCAAGAUUAUGCUCCAUCAAACUUGUUGGAGGGACUAUCGCCGUUAGCACAGACUGUCCUAUCAGACCAUCAAGAUCUAGUUGUUUCUAAUGAAAUAGUGAAAAAGAGCGAGAUAGUAAACAAACUGCAACCAAAACAUAAGCUAGAGGAUUUGACCCCAAAUUCCAGUAACUUAAGUUUUAACGAGGACUCUCCAAACAAGAAAACGAAGGUUUCGACAGGUGUAACAAUGACCCAGGCCAAUUUAGCAGAACAAUAUUUGAAAGAUCUAGAAAACCUUUUAUAUAUUGUGGGAUUUGAUCACAGCUCUGCCGAAACGGGAAACAUCGAGUACUGGCUCAAGUUACCAGAUGAAAAAUUCAUUCUAACCACCAAUUGUUUAGUCAAACUACAGAUGACAGUUAAGAAUAUUGCCGCUAAUCCGCAGCUAUGGAGCUCGAUUAAGGUGGCAUGGCUAUUGAGACUGCUAGAUGUAAUGGUCUCCAACAUAAAGUCUAGUAAAAAAUUUUUGAAGGCAGGUUUUGAUGAUUCUAUGUUGCGAUAUAUUGCCCUACUAUCCAUAGUCAUCCUAUUCAAUAUUUUCCUCCUAGGUAAAAACGACAACAACUUACAUCGUGAAUCAUACAUUAUGGAGCCGCUAAACUUUCUAAGUGAUUUAGUCGAAUCUUUGAGAGUGUUACCAAAGGAUUAUGAUUCUUUGAAAAUAGAACUGAAUACGUUUCAGGAAGCUUUGGGUUUGCUACCAAAAUAUAUAUGCAAGGGCCCAUUUUUAGAUGAUAACGUAACCACGAAGCUUGUGUACAUAUUCAGUGACUUAUUAAUGAUUAGUGACAUUGAAGUAACUGCUAACAUUCAGUUUCUAAACUUCUGGGAUAAUGUAAAAAAAGCCAGUUCUGAUAUUCUAGUCUCGUUGUUCAGUAAACUAGAUCAACAGAGGGAAUUUAUCAUCGAAGAGUUAAUUUCUCAUGUUGAAAAGCUCCCCACAAAGAGAAUACAGAAAAAACUAAGAAAAGUUAGUUGUGAAAAUAUCUAUAUCACCGAUUUUACCUUUACUUUGAUGUCAAUGUUGGAAAAUAUCAAUUGCUAUACAUUUUGUAGCAACAUGAAAGAACUUACGUCAGAAAACAUUGAGCUCUUAAAGGAAAACUACAAAAUACAAGAACAGUUCCUUUUUAACACUAUAGAGCACAUAAAUGACACAAUACUAGAACUAUUUUUCAAGAAUCCAUCCUCUUCACGAUAUGUGAUAGAUAAUUUUGUUCAAGAUUUAUUAUUGCUAAUCCCUUCCCCUCAAUGGCCAAUAACAGAGAAAAUAUUGAGCUCAUUGUUAAAGAAGCUUUUAAAAGUAUUUGGCCCAUCUAUUCAGCUUUCUGCAAACAUCGAAACAAUAUGUCUACAACACAUUGGAAGUAUUGGUUCUACAAUUUUUGAUAUUAAAUGUUCAACAAGAGAGCACGAAGAUAAUAAUUUAAUCAAAAUAAUAAACUACCCAGAAUACCUUCCGACCUUUUUGAAGUUCUUCAGCGCAUGCAUAUUACAUAAUGAAACAAUCAAAUCUCGUGACUCUGCCACAAGAUUUCUUUGGAAUUUGAGAUUAGGUGCAAUAUUUAGACUGGAAGAAUAUACAAAAGAUGCCAAGGACCAAAAUUCAACUAUUACUCACCAACUAAAGAACAUAUUGGAACAAGUGCAUGACAAUAGUCUUGAAACUCCCUUAGAAACCACAGAAAUGGUCGCUGGCACGAUUCGAUUAGAUUAUUUUUCCAUUUUGCAUGCUUUUGAACUUUUGAACCUGUAUGAUCCAUACUUGAAGUUAAUAUUAUCACUGUUAGCCAAGGAUAAAAUCAAACUGAGGUCCACGGCUAUAAAGUGUCUGUCGAUGUUGGCGUCCAAGGAUAAAGUUAUAUUGUCAAACCCGAUGGUCAAAGCAACUAUCCAGCAACGUUUAAACGACUCAUCUGCAUCUGUCAAGGAUGCCAUUCUAGAUUUAGUCAGUAUCAACUCUUCAUAUUUCGAGUUUUAUCAACAAAUUAACAACAAUUAUGACGACGACAGCAUAAUGGUGAGAAAACAUGUACUGAAGAUAAAUGAAAAAAUAUAUGACGAGACAAAUGACGUUGUUACAAAGGUAUAUGUGGUGGCAAGAAUUCUUAUGAAAAUUGAGGAUGAAGAAGAUAAUAUAAUUGACAUGGCCAGGUUAAUCUUGUUGCAUAGAUGGGUUCUAAUGGUAGAUGGGUCAAUGGACCAGUCUGAAAAACUGAAAGAAAUUUCUUCAUCGGUUCUAUUAGUAAUGUCGCGUGUGGCCACAAUGAAUGAGAAAUGCUCGCAACUUUUCGACUGGUUUCUUAACUUUUAUCUGUUAAAUAGAGAAGCACAUUCGAAGGACAUGUAUGACAAAAUAACUCGCGUUUUAAGGACUCUCACAGAUUUCCUGGUUCAAAAUAUUGUCGAAUUAAACUCAAAAGAAUCAAAAGAAAAAGACUCAAUUAUUAAUAAGCAGAAUCUCUUAAAUUUGUUAGCCAAGUUUACUGACUGUACCGUGUCAUUUAUAACAAAAGAUCAUAUCACCGCCCUAUACCCGUAUAUGGUAUCAGAUGAAAAAUCGAAUUUCCACUAUCAUAUCCUGCAAGUGUUUAGAAACACAUUUGAAAAAUUGUCAAACUUCAAACCUAAAUUUUUAUAUGACUUAGAGACGACUCUACUGAGCAGGCUCCCAAAAAUGAAUGUACGGGAAAUAGACGAAGCCAUGCCUCUCAUUUGGUCUGUCGCUACUCAUCGUAAUGAUACCGCUAGAGUAGCUAAAGCGUGCUCCUCCUGUCUUUCCCAUUUACACCCUUACAUAAACAAAGCAAACAAAGAAGAGGAAGCCAUUGCUGUUGAUGGGAAAUUGCAAAGGCUAAUAUACUUAGCCACCGGAUUUGCUAGAUUUUGCUUCCCUAAAAUUUCAAGUGAAAAGAUUGCAUUUUUACAAGAAGAUGAAACAUUAUAUGAACAUGUUACCAAAUGCUUGCUUGUACUUUCGAAAGACAAAAUCACCCACGUAAUAAGAAGAGUCGCUUUAAAGAACUUGACGAAAUUAUGCGGAAAUCAUCCCAAGUUGUUUAAUUCAAGACACGUUUUGCAUUUGCUAGAUCAAGAGUUUCAAGGAAACCAAUUGGACAUCAAACUGGUGAUAUUGGAAAGUUUAUACGAUCUUUUUUUGCUGGAAGAACGUAAAUCUGUGAGAAGUAUUGGUGUUAGUAGCACAUUAUCUUCGAACACUCUAUUAAAAAAAAAAAUACUGAAAACCAAAAAGGCGGAUUUCGUCAACGAUGGUGUAUGUUCAGCACUAGCUACUCGAUUUUUGAACAGCAUUCUCCAGCUCUGUCUUCUUUGCGAUCUAAAAAGUUCUCUUGUGGCAAUUCGGCUAUUGAAGUUGAUUUUAAAAUUUGGCUACACCAAUCCCUCUCAUUCGAUUCCAACUGUAGUUGCUCUAGUUGCCUCUGAUACCCAGUAUAUUCGUCAUGUCGCCUCGGAAAUUUUAAAAGGCCUUUUUGAGAAAUACGAAACACUAGUGUUUAGUGGUUUAUCAAGAGGUAUUACGAAGGCAAUACAUUACUCUAUUGAUACGGGUGGUAAAUAUUAUUACAAACGCGAUUUUUUUUUGGUUUCACUUGAGAGAAUAUGUGGAGUGGGGAAGAAAAAUGCUCCAAAGUUUUUCAAAAUUGUAAAGAGAACUAUACAGUCUUACCUCGAUGAUAUCACUAGUUUAAAAUUAUCUGUUUCCAUUCAAAAGUCUGUUUUCGUGCUUUGUACCAAUAUUUCGAAUAUCACAUACAGCACCCAAUUCGAUUUGGUAUCCUUACUCAAAACCAUAGAUCUGACAACAGACAGAUUGAAAGAAAUCAUUAUGGAUGAAAUGGAUGAUGCUCCAUCUUCCAGCAAAUCGGAAGAAACAUUCCGUGAAAUAAUUUUAAUACAGUUAUGUUUGCAAGACUUAGGUACUCAUUUGUUACACUUGUACGGAUUAAGGAAUGACGUUCUUCUACUAGAUAUUGUAGAAGAAUCGGAAUUGAAAAAUAAGCAGCUUCCAUCCAAGAAGCAGGAAACUGGUGACUUUUCUGCACAGUUGGAAAGUAUCGAACAGCACUCGUCAAACGGUAAACUUAUUGCAUACUUUAAAAAGCACGUAAAAGAUACGUAA